GCGCUUAUUUCUUCUCUGUGUUGCAACCUCUGCUCAAUUCAGCUUUCGAUCUCCAAGAUCACCGAUCAGGUCAGGUCAGAUGUCAAGAAGGUAUGAUAGCCGUACAACGAUCUUCUCCCCAGAAGGUCGUUUGUACCAGGUCGAGUACGCAAUGGAAGCCAUCGGAAAUGCAGGAUCCGCCAUCGGGAUAUUGUCCAAAGAUGGUGUUGUUUUGGUUGGAGAAAAGAAAGUCACUUCAAAGCUCCUUCAAACCUCCACCUCAACCGAGAAAAUGUACAAAAUUGACGACCACGUAGCAUGUGCCGUGGCAGGCAUCAUGUCGGAUGCAAACAUCCUCAUCAACACGGCCCGUGUCCAAGCCCAACGCUACACUCUCUCGUACCAAGAACCAAUGCCUGUAGAACAACUCGUUCAGUCUCUUUGCGACACCAAACAAGGCUACACCCAGUUUGGCGGGCUCCGCCCUUUCGGGGUCUCGUUUCUGUUUGCAGGAUGGGAUAAAAAUUACGGGUUCCAGCUUUACAUGAGCGAUCCAAGUGGGAAUUACGGUGGGUGGAAAGCUGCGGCAGUUGGUGCCAACAAUCAAGCAGCCCAGUCGAUGCUUAAGCAGGACUACAAGGAGGAUAUUACUCGGGAAGAGGCGGUUCAGCUGGCACUUAAGGUUCUUAGUAAGACGAUGGACAGUACGAGCCUGACUUCCGACAAACUUGAACUGGCGGAAGUUUUUCUGUCGUCAUCGGGUAAAGUGAAGUACCAGGUCUGCACGCCCGAUGCUCUGAGUAAGAUGUUAAUCAAAUACGGUGUGACCCAGCCUCCUGUGGAAACAUAAGAGCGUAACGGUUCAUUUGGUUCUAUCUCUCUACGCAUUUUAUAAACCUUUUAUUCUCAAUCAUGAACCGGUCCACCAAGUUUAAGAACCUUUCAAGUUACGAUUCAUUCGUAUUAUGUACUUGGGUAUGUAAUUUGCUGUUGAAAGAACGUGAACUCGUUACUCGUUUUUCGGUCUUGUUACUCUGGUAACAACAGGUUCCCCUCGUUUGAUUUGAGAAUUUGUCGCUACAAGAUUGAAGUUGUAAGACGC